UUAUUAGCUAUAAAUUUAUGUUACUAAGUAUCUACGUACUAUCAGUUUUGUAACGAUUCUGCACUGUAUUGUGUUAAUGAUAAAACUUUAUUUUGGCGAAGGGGUUUACAUAGUGCCUACGGAACCCUGGGAGCGAACCUAAUUCGCACUUAGCCAAUUCUUAACUUUUGAAUCAGCCACACAAUUUCAUUAAAUUAUGUGUUAAUAGCGAAUGCGUUCAUUUGAUAAGUAAUAAUUAAUGAUAACGAAACACAUAAACACCCAAAGCUGUAAGUAGUUAUUGAAGUACUUAGCAGAUUACCGCAUAAAAUAAGGCGCUCUCUGUAUAGCAUUUGAAGUUCUGAAUGAACAGUGUCGGAUACAUCUCCAAUUAACAUGAAAGUAAAGAACGUUACACUUAACAAUGGCCAAGAAAUGCCAAUGGUGGGACUUGGCACCUAUGCGCGUAAGUCACAACCCGGACAGUUCCGGCAAGCUGUGGAAUGGGCUAUUGAGCUAGGUUACAGGCAUAUAGAUACAGCUGCAGCGUACAAAAAUGAGGAAGAAGUCGGCGAAGGAAUAGCAAACAAAAUAAAUGAAGGAGUAGUUAAAAGGGAAGAUUUAUUCAUAACUAAUAAGCUUUGGAACGACUGCCAUGCCCAAGAUGUUGUAGUCAAAACUCUGAAGGAAUCGCUAAGGAAAAUGAAAUUGGAUUACAUUGACUUGUAUUUAGUACAUUGGCCCGUUUCAGUAAAUGCUAAUGGCGUAGACACGGCAAUAAGCUAUUUGGAAACGUGGAAAGGGAUGGAGGAGGCCGUUAAAUUAGGCCUUGCGAAAUCCAUUGGAGUUUCCAAUUUUAAUGAGAAACAAAUUCAAGAAGUACAUAAUAAGGCUGUUAUCAAACCUGCUGUCAACCAAUUUGAGAUAAACCCAACUCUAACCCAGCAUCAGCUGGUAAAUCUUUGCAAGCAGCUGUCGGUAUUGCCUGUGGCAUAUACGCCAUUGGGCCUUAUAUCGGAAGCCAGGCCAGAAUUUGCCGGGAUAGACGUCAUAAAAACAGAUCCAAAAUUAGGAGGAAUUGCUACGAAAUAUGGAAAAACUCGAGCGCAGAUAGCUUUGAGAUACUUGAUCCAGCGUGGGAUUCCCGUAAUACCGAAGUCAUUCACGAAGUCGCGAAUUGAAGAGAACUUGAAUGUCUUUGAAUUUCACUUGACAGACGAAGAAAUAGACAUCGUGGACAAUUACAAUUUGAACCAUCGCUGCGUGCCGGGGAAGGGUUUUGAGAAAUAUGAAUAUUACCCAUAUUAAUUGUUUUUUUACAAUAGUUUUAUGUUUCUCAUUGUCCUCGGCAUAUUGCUAUUCCACUUGUGGCCUCCUUUUUUAUCUUAAAGUGCAAUAAUUGUUUAUGUAGAACAUUCCAAAACUGUAAAGCUCAGUACGUAAGCUCCGUUAUUAAAAAGACUCGCUUCAGAAAGCUGGUUCGCUUCAGGAAGUCCCAAUCACAAAUUAUACUAUUGAAUAGUGAAAUAUUAUGUAAAUGUUUUUUU